AUGAGCAUUGAAUAUCAAAAAGUUCAAAGUUGCACGCCAGAGGACUCGCGCGUCUUUUGCACCCGUUUGCGGACGGACCCAGAAGAUUCAGUCGUUGCCCAUAGCCUGUUUGAUCCCCAUAUCGAGCCCCAAGACGCAGAUGGGGAACUCGAGGACCCUUCGAUGCUCCCGUCAAGCGGGGUUGGCUACGAAUUAGAAAAACGCGACCAGCUCAGAGAAGACGAGGCGGCUACAGGUGCUGCUGCAGGUUCAAAGCAGCACAAACGGGCGGCAGAAGAUGAGGAGCUCCAAAGGGAAGAGCAAAUUGAUGAGAAGGAGGAGAUGCAGCACGGGAAGGCUCAGCCCCCGCCGCCGAAGCUACCGCCUGACGAGGCGCGAAAGCUGCUCCUCUCCGUACGUUGA